ACCCUUUCCCCUGCACACCCCUCUCUCUCUCUCCGGCUCCGCUUCCCCUUCGCGCGUUUGCGUGCGUGGGCCGGGUGAAUGGGUGACCUAGGCGAAGGAGACUGGCGGGAGGCGACCGAGGAGGCUGCGCCGCCCGCGCCGGCGACGGCCGGAGGCGGGGCCGACCACCUGGUGGUCAUGGUGCACGGGAUCGUCGGGAGCACAGCAGAUUGGAAGUUUGGAGCUGAGCAAUUUCAUAAGUUGCUCUCGGACAAAGUCAUAGUUCAUUGUAGUAACUGCAACAUGCACAAGCUAACGUUAGACGGUAUUGAUGUGAUGGGCGAGCGAUUGGCACAAGAGGUUAUUGAAGAAAUUAACAGAAGACCACAUAUAAAAAAGAUAUCUUUUGUUUCUCAUUCUGUUGGAGGAUUGGUUGCAAGAUACGCCAUUGGAAGACUUUAUAGGACACCAAGAAGAACAUUCCAAAGUGCUCCUCAAACUUUGAGUGACAACAACAUAGGUACCAUACAUGGACUUGAGGCAGUGAACUUCAUAACUGCUGCGUCACCGCAUCUUGGUUCCCGAGGAAACAAGCAGGUUCCUUUCCUUUUCGGAGUUACAGCAAUUGAAAAUUUUGCGUGCUACGUCAUUCAUUUGAUAUUUGGAAGAACUGGCAAACACCUCUUUCUUACUGACAAUGAUGAUGGAAAGCCUCCAUUACUGCAACGCAUGGUGGACGAUUGUGGGGACCUGCAGUUUAUGUCUGCUUUGCAAGCAUUUAGACGAAGAGUGGUAUACUCCAAUGUUGGUCAUGAUCAUAUUGUCGGGUGGAGGACAUCAUCCAUAAGACGAGAUUCGGAAUUACCCAAGUGGGUUGAUUCAACAAACAAGAUUUACCCACAUAUUGUAUAUGAGGAACUAUCCAAAGCAGAAACUCCUAAUCAAUGUGCUGGCGCUGCUGAUGUGGACAACUGCACACUAGAAGAACUUCUUUUAAGAGGACUUAAGCGUGUGUCAUGGCAAAAGGUGGAUGUUAGCUUCCACAACAGCAAAGUAAGAUCUGCAGCACAUAGUCUGAUUCAGGUAAAGGAUCCCGUGAUGCAUUGCGAAGGUGCCGAUGUCAUACAGCAUAUGAUUGACCAUUUUAUUCUCUAGUAGAAGCCCUGGUCUUUGGAAACACACUUAAACCAGGACACGUCAUUUACUAACUGCUGAGUCGCCGAGCCUGGGGAGCACGUUUAUGGAAAUCCCAGGUAUCAAGAUUCCAGUCUCUGAUGGAUCACGUAUAGAUAUAGAGAGGGGAAAACACUCGGUGCAUGCCCGUUGGUCCAUUUAGUCAUUUGUGAUUAUAUAUGUUGUAUGGUGUAAUUUUAACAUUGGCCUUGCCAUGGUAAAUGUUCAUCAUUUAUUUAUUUAAGGUUGUUCUUGA